CCACAUCUCAGGAGCCGAGCUUCGCAUCGCAUCGCAUCGCCUCCAAGAACUACUGGGAGAGCGUCGACGAGCAAUGUAUAACGUAGAACAAAUCAAUCAAUCGAGUCAAGGGAGUCCGGCCCGUAAACCGAACGUUGCAGAAUCGCGAACGACUUCGAUUCACCAUAUAGCGCGAGAGCUCCUCGUGGCCUCCUAGACGUGAUGCUUUCCUGGCUGUCGGUUAUGAUAUCUUCUUGACCGCCCAAUUCGCAUCGACGUUGCUCUGCGAUUUGAAUGUAUAUGGUCGAGCGUUCUCGUGGUUGGAGUUUGUGAAGAAGUCUCGAGGUCUGAAAGACCCUCCCCAUCCUACCUCAUAUCUGCGCGGGCCUCGCUUCCGGCAGGCGCCACCAACACCGACCACGAUGUCCUCAACCCCCACCAAAGAACACCACAAAGCAAAAUCUUGGUACACUUGGCUGCUUUCAUUGCUCCCAACUACCAAAAAUUCUCCAAAAUCCUUCUCCGCCAUGCCACACAUCCAAAAAUGGACGGUCACGGAGCCAUAUCUUAAUAUUCACUGUGGUUUGGGUGAGGGGCCAUACUACGAGACCGUGCGGAAAACCCUUCGCUUCGUCGAUAUCAAAAACAAACGCCUCCAUACUGUAGAUCUGGGUAUUGGCCCAGAGAGUUUAAAGACUUUGCAGUUUGACGUUUCAAUUGGCAUCACGGCUGAUAUUGAGGGGGUUGACUCGAGUGAGAAGAUUGUUGUGGGUGGCAAGAGUGGGAUUUAUCUUUUGGAGAGGAAGACGGGCACAUUAGAGUUGUUGAGGAAGUUUCAUGAGGAUGAAGAGAAGAGUGAGAGAAUCCGAAGUAAUGAUGGCGCUGUUGAUCCUGCUGGGAGGUUUUGGGUUGGUGCUAUGAAUGAUUUUUGGGUUGGGCCGCCCAAGGAUGAAGGUUGGUGACUUCUUUUGCUGUCUUUGGCAAUGUCCUCUUCAAUAUUAUUAUACCUCAGCCCAUUCCUUCUCAUGUUCUGACUGUUUCGACAUUUUCACCCAAAAUAUGAGGAUCUGGAAAUUCUGAUUGACCUUAACAAGGUACUCUAUAUCGUUUUCACGGCGACAAAACUCUCCAUCCCAUCCGCGACUCUCUCACAAUUCCCAACGGUCUCGGCUGGUCAAAAGACCUCAAAACAAUGUACUUCACCCACUCAACCGAAAAGCGAAUCCUAGCAUUCGACUACGACGUCACAACCGGAGAUAUUACCAACGAACGUACAUUCUGGCAACACGACGGUAACGGCGACCCCGAUGGAUUCGUCAUGGACGUAGAGGGUUAUUUCUGGCAAGCAAUCUAUGGCGAAAGUCGAGUUUUGAAAAUAUCUCCAGAGGGUAAGGUAGUUGGUGAGAUUAAAUAUCCAACCAGAGCUAUUACUUGUCCUGUGUUUGUUGGGACGGAAUUGUGGGUUACGAGUGCCGAUGAGGAAGAUCAGAGUGAGGUUGAGAGUAAGAAAUAUGGGGGUGGAGUUUUCAGGGUCGAUGUUGGGGUUAGAGGGAAGGAGGAGUUUAAGUUUAAAAUAGGUUAG